AUGGAUCAACAUAAAAUAAAGGAAGAUUUAUCAAAAGAAGAUCAAACUAAAAUUUACAAAAUAUUGUUAUUAACUUAUUCAAGAAAAUUAUCAAAAUAUCAGGAUCAAAUAAAAAACAUUUAUUUUAAUAAUAUUAUAUCAAAUAUAAAAGAUGAUGUAAAUGAUCAUACAUUUAAUGAGCAUGUUGCAUCACAGCAUUAUUUUAUUGAUACAUUAAUUAAAUCAAAUGAACAUCAAGAAUUUUUAAAAACUCUUCAGUUACUUGAAAAAAAAGUUACUACAAAGGAAAAUGUAGUAAAUGAAGAGAAUGGUGAUAUUAAUAAUUCUGUUAGUAACACACAAACUAAUAAUGAUAUCAUAAAUAAUGGACAAAAUGAAAAUAAUCAAAGAAACGCAAGAACAGUAUUUAAUAAUUAUAUAAUGGAAAUAAUGGAAAGAUCUCAUAUAUUUUUAUUAAUUAAAAUAUUAUUUGUUUUGUUUUUAUUUGAAGCCAAUUCGAAAGUUUACUUUAUUGUAUCAGGAAUGUUUAUAUUAUACAAUAGAGGAUUUUUUGAUUUUAUAAUUAAUAAUUUUAAUUUUAUGUCUAGUAAUGAAACAAUUGAACAAAUUUUAAGAAGAAUGAGUGAAUCGAGAAAUUUAAAUAAUAGUGAAGUUAAUUAUAAUAAUGAAGAAAAUAAUAACUUAAAUGAAAUUAUAGAAGAAAAUAAUGAUCAAGAGGAUAAUCAUGAAAAUCAUAUUAACAAUAUAAAUUCUCCUCUAAGUGAUAUAGAGAAAGAUAAUGAAAAAAGAAAAGAUGAAAAAUUAAAUACAGAAAAUGAAUUAUUAUCUUUAUUAAAUAUGGGGAAUAAUAAUGGACGAAUUAGUAACAGGGAAGAUGAUGACAAUAAAUGGAAUAAUGAUCAUGAUAUUGUAUUUAAUGAGAGUUAUGAAGAAUUCAAUAAAAAUAACAUUACUGAUACUAAAAAUAUAGAAAAAAAAUCAAAAAGAAAGGAUAUUAAUUUAUAUGAAAAUAAUAAUAAUAGCAACGAAUUCAAUGAUAAUAUUUAUUUUAAUUAUAAUAAUAAUUUAGAAAAUGAAAACAAAAAUAAUUUUUAUACAUUUAAAAAAAUUUCAGAAGCAUAUGAUAAUAUAGAAUCAGAAAUUACAGAUAACUCGUAUAAAACACAUACCCCAUCUUAUAAAACAUUAAAUUUAAAUAAAAAUAAAGAUGGAGAAUCCAAAGAAAGUAAAGUAGAUUCACAUAUAUGUUACACAAAUAUAAAAGAAAAAGAAGAAAAGGAGGACAUUCAUAAUUUCGUUUCAGAAGAUAUUCCAUAUGACUCUUUUAAUAAAAUACAAGAUUGUAAUAAUGAUGAAAGAAGAAUAUUAGAAUCAGGUAUUAGAAGAAGAAAAAAAAAAAAUAAGGUAAAUUUAAAUGAUAGUGCAAAUAGUUUUAAUAAUUUAUUAAAUAAUAGUAUGGGUGAAUUUAUAACAUCAGAUUAUGAGGAUUCUGCAGACAAUUCGGAUACAAGUGAAUCUAACGUAAGUAAUGCUUCUUCUGAUAAAAAAAAACAGCUAAUUCAAAAUAAAAAAAAUGAACAAAAUAGUAAUAGGCAAAUAUCUAGAAGAAAACCAACAAAAUUAGAAAAAUAUAUUUAUCAAUCAGUAGUCAUGUUUUUCAUGACAUUAUUGCCAUGGUGGGUACCAGAUGUUGCUUACUUGGAGGAAUAA